UCUGAAGGUUUCCGUCUCAUCGACGGUAACGCCACAUCACCCGUUUUACCGAACUGGCGUCGCCGAAAGUUACCUCCGUCCGACAACCAAACUACUCACCAGUCAAAAAAGGUAACGUUCCCUGCCAUAUAAGCAACACUGCGCCCAGCGAAUGGCCUCCUCAGCUUUCCAUUUCUCCACUUCGCACCGUACUCUUCGUUCUUCUUCACCUGUACGUAGAUUGCAUCGCACUCCGUCUUACGCCUCGUUAAUCUCGCAGGCGGCGGCGCUCAAAACCCUCGUGAGAUCUCCUGAUUUUAGAGGGGUUUCUGUUGUAGGCAAGAAAGCCGGGGGAAUUGGGUGGAGAAGAAAGGCGUCAGUGGCAGGGGCAGGGAUGGCAGCAGAGAGAGGGGAAGGGAAGAAGGUGAAUGUGUUUGAUUCGGAGGAGGAUCUGGCGGUUGCCCUCGCGAAAUACACUGCCGAUCUAGCUGAUAAGUUUUCCAAAACGAGGGGCUCUUUUACCGUCGUCUUGUCUGGAGGUUCCCUAAUCAAAUCCCUCAGGAAAUUAGUAGAACCGCCAUAUUUAGAUUCAGUGAAUUGGUCAACAUGGCAUGUUUUUUGGGUGGACGAGAGAGUUGUUCCCAAGGAUCAUGAUGACAGUAACUAUAAGCUAGCAUUUGAUGGUUUUCUUUCCAAGGUACCAAUUCUCCCUGGUAAUGUCUAUUCUAUCAAUGAUGCACUGCCGGCUGAGGGUGCAGCUGAUGAUUAUGAGAUCUGUGUCAAACAUUUGGUCAAGAGUAACGUGAUUAGCGUAUCUGAAAGUGGGCUACCAAAGUUUGAUCUCAUGCUUCUGGGUAUGGGCCCAGAUGGGCACGUGGCUUCUCUCUUUCCAGGACAUCCUCUUGUCAACGAGAAAGAGAAAUGGGUUACCUUCAUCAAGGAUUCACCAAAACCACCUCCAGAGAGAAUUACCUUUACUUUCCCUGUCAUCAACUCAUCUGCUUAUGUUGCACUUGUGGUAGUUGGUGCUGGUAAAGCAGGUCCAGUCCAUGCAGCAUUAGGUAAUGGUCAGAAUUCUGAUGUGCUCCCCGUCCAAAUGGUUUCACCUGCAGGGGAAUUGGCUUGGUUCUUGGACAAAGAAGCAGCUUCCAAACUUUAGGGUAUGAUAAACUAUAGCCACAUGAGUUGCUCUAUGUAUUAAAUAAAAGUAUGUUUGCUUCUGGCUCUGCGUUAUCAUCAGUAGGUUUGCUGCUGGAUUUGUAAUCUUGAUUUUCUUUCUUAUCAUGAGGGUGACAAGAGCAUGGAUUUCAAUAAAUAUAUAUGGUCCCAUAUAUAUUAUCUGUGAUAUACCUUUUAUUCC